UUGAUCAUUUUCGGUGGGCUUUCACUACUACUCAAUCUUGCAUCAUUUGUUCCAUUGCUCAACCAGAAAAAAGGAAAAACAUUAUUGGACAAUCCUGGUCAUCUACCGUUAUUUCUACUACUUCUACUAGAUACUGGACUGGCUCUCAUCCUAUCAGCACCCAUAUACUCUCUUACAACACAGAGGGCUAUUUUUGACGAAGCAACAUGUCAAAUCUAUGGUUCUUUGGAUAUGGCCUUAUCUCUUGCUCAAAUUGUAACUGCUUGUACUAUUGCAUUCGAUCGAUAUAUAUCCACCAUAUCUCCUAAAUGGGGAAAAUGGCGAUGUCACGGCAACUACAUGAAGCUUAUUUCUAUUAUUCUACUCAGCGUCACGUUGUGGAGUGUUGUACCCAUAUUUGGAUAUGGAAAAUAUGAUCUGUUUCUGGAUGGACACUUCUGUUCAUUAGAUUGGAAGCAGGGAGACAUUGAUGACUCAUCCUCCCCACUUGCAAAAGAACAAGCACAUCGUUACAUUGGUUUCUUGACGGCAACAUGUCUGGUGUUCUUCUUGAUUCCAGUCUGUAUUGCUUCUUCAUUCUACUACAGCGUCAUUGAUCAUGUCGAAAGACUGAACUCAAUGGAUACCAGGGAAGAAGCAAACUCUUCUUCUCCAACUUCUAAGUGCCCGUGGGCCUUCCAGAAUCAUGUAGCUAAGGUUGGCUUGGGUUGUUUAUUAUCUUCAACCAUCCCAUAUUUGGCUUAUUCUGUUGUUUGUUUAAAUCCGAUGAAAUCCGAUUUUCGCAACGCCAGCUAUGUGAUUGGACCUGUGAUUGCCAGCCGAUUCGCGCCUUUACUCAAUCCUAUCCUCUAUAUAUGGCUCAAUUCCGAAGUGGUUCCGAUUGAUGCUUGGAUAGCCAAAAAGUGGGCAAAGCCGAAACCUCGCACAACGGCCAAGAAUUAUCAAACCAUCAGUUUAAUGAUGAAUGUGCCAGGAGUUUCAUUUCCAAUUCUGACUCCAUCAGUACCGAGAAGACAACUACCUCAGAUACCACCUCACCUGGUCUCACCUUCCAAACGACCUAGUACCUCAUUCUUCGAUGAACAACAGCCAAUGCUUCGAUAA